AGUUUGUUGUAACUGUGCUGAGCUGGCAGAAUUUGAUUGGAAUAAGAAGAGGCAUAAAUAUAACACUCUCUCUCUGCGUUCAUCAAUAAACCCAUUUCAACCCCAAAACAAACAAGCACAAAAGCGCAAUGAAGCAAAAGCAAGUUACGAUUUCGUUUCGUCUUCGGAGCUAAUCGCGAAUCAGAUUUCGUUUCUUCUUCUACUUCUUCGGAGCUGUAUUCAACCUUCAAUCCCUAAAUCUCGUUAUUCAAGCUUUGUUCCGUUUCAACAUUCAGAUUCAUUCGAUCUUCAAAAUCAGAUUACAAUGUUGCUCCGAUUUUUCUCUUCUGGAUUCCGUAGUAUAAAAGGUGCUGUAGAUUGGAGGAAGAAAGGUGCUCUGGCACCAGUCAAAAAUCAGGGAUGCUCAGGUGUUUGUACUCUCAUGGCGUGUAUUGCUAGCAUUGAGAGCAUAUUCCAAAUUAAGUCUCCAUCUGGAGAUUUAAUUGAACUGUCAAGUCAGCAUAUGCUGAACUGUAUUGCUAGACAGUAUUCACGCCACAAAGGAGUUUCAGGACCUCGUAUUGAUGCUGUUAUUGAUGGUAUAAAUGAGGUGGACAUCUUCAAAUUUGCCAUUACUAAAGGGAUCCCAACCGAAAAAGCGUUUCCAUAUAAGGAGGUGUCAGAAGCAAUUAAAUCCAUCAAAGACCCUCUCCACGACUUCAAGGAAAAAUAUUUCAUAGACACUUACCAAUGGAUAAGGGAAAGGUCUACAAAAGAUGGAGGAGCAAGUGGCUAGGCAGCCUAUAGUAGGCAGUGUUGAUGCUUCUACUUGGAAGGAAAUUGACUGGAAGGAAGAUAAGGUCUACUCUGGACCUCCGUCUACUGAUCUGAAU